AUGGCUUCGCUCGACUGGUGAUUUACCACGUUAAAUUACCGCUGGUGAACGUCCAGCGUGGCGUUUGUAGCACUGACGCGACGGGAGUGCCACAGUCCCCAGGGCCUCGCGUCAUAUCGGAGCCCGUCGCUUCCAUUCCCUCCCGACUCGCAGGCAACUCACCGCCGACACAAGCCCCAGCCAGAGCCCCACUCACUUCUUGACUCGCAGUUCCAAGAUGAGUCCGAGUCCUGCCGAGGGCUGGAGCACGGAUGAAUUCCGCCAGAUUCAAGCAGCGGAAGGAUGUUCUCCACUCCGACACUUCCCCAUAUCCCCCGGGGCUGUGAACCUGACGAACGCCCAGCGACAACACUACGCCGACAUCGUCCGGGAGCGCGUGGACGCUAUCCUCGCCCACGAACGGAGCUGGACGGAGCGUCGGGACCAACUGCUGCCGCCCCUGGACCCGAGCGAGUGGAAGCAGGUCAAGAUGAGCAAGCAGCUCCGCUUCUUCAAGCGCGUUCGAGGCGGCCGGACGCUGCAGCAACUGGCGAGCGAGGAAUCGCUGCCGGACGUCCGCCAGGCGGUGGUCAACGGCUACUCGAGCAUGAUGUGCGACGGCCAAGUGUGGGGCUCCAUGGAGGACAUGAUGUACGGCAUGACGGCUGCCUCCCAAGAAGACCUGAUGACGGGCUUCUAGUACAAGAACCCGCCGCAGGACUGCGUGUGGCUGGGCAGCGCUGAAGGCGCCUCACCCGAGGACCCCUUCCACUCCGCCGGCUUCAUCUGGGCGCUCCCCAAGAUCGCCUUCAACGUGGACAUCUGCUACCUCAAAGCCACGGGCAUGGGGAGGGACCAGGACGAGAAGCGCUACGGGUAUUUGGUGCUGCACUCCGUCGAAUUGACGCAGUGUCGGCCAUUUGAGGCGCGCAAGAUCUCUCGAGCCAAGAUGUACUUCACCUGCCUGUUCCGAGAGACCACGCCCGGGUAUCUCAACGUGACGGUGCGCGGCAUCUUCGACCUGGGCAAGAACCGAGGGAAAAUCGCCAAGAAGCUGGUCACGGCCGCCACCAAGUCCUUCAUGAUCGGGUUGCUCAACGGCGUGGGCAUUGGGCUGGCCAAGAAGCUCACGCUCAUGGCCCGUCGCAACCGCAACGCCCUUCGAGCUCCGAAGCAGUCUGGGUGCUCCAUCUGCCUCAAGGCUGAAAGAAGGUCACUCUUCGGCUUGGGCGCGAGUUUGGAGUCUGCGGAGCUACAGUCUGCUCGACUUGCACCGCCAACGCCAAGCAGCCGCUCUUCCUUGGAGCGAACAAACCGUGCUCCGAGGCUGCGUGCUGCUUAAAUUGCAUGCAUGAAGCGAGGAGUAUGAGGGGGAUCCGACCUGAAGAUCCAGAGUUUCAGGUCAUCGCCGAGUACUACCUCAAGCGCCGUACACACACUGCCUUGUCACUGAGCAGCCCUGGAGCAGCAUCAGCUUCAGUUUCAGCUUCUCGAUCACCGCUCGCUCCACGGUACCAGCUCGACACGGUGACGCGCAACCGCGGCAGUAGACGGCGUGCCUCCGUCGUCAAGACCAACUUGUCCGCGGACAUGCCGACCAACUCGACGGCCGACGAGAGCUUCCUGGACACGGACCCGUUCUCGAGGGAGCUGGACGAAGCGGACUUCUGCUUCAGCUCCGACGAGGAAGAGUCCAACAGCUCCGUGGUGGCUCAGCCAGGGCCAAGUCCAAGCCCAGAGACGUCCGACUCGGAGGUCACCACAGUCACGACCUGGCACAG